AAGUUCCUACCGUGUGUCUCACAGUCACAGCGAGCUGUAUUUAAACAAGUCUCUUGUGUUAGUUUGUGACGAUGUAGUAGAUGCAAAAGCUUUGUAGCUAGGUAGCUAGUGAUCGAUAGUUCAGAUCCAUUAACACACACAACUGAUGCGUUGUAGCCAGCUGAAGGGAGGAUUGCAUCCAUGGAGUUCCUCUCCGACGAAGCAUUGGCCAUUUUUGUGCCCAUCCUCGUGUACUGGGUGUACUCGGGCAUGUACAUGGCGCUUGGGCAGUCCAUGGACAGGUACAGGCUGCACCCGAGGAAGGAGGAGGACAGCAAGAACCUGGUGUCCAAGCGGGAAGUCGUCAAGGGCGUCCUCUUGCAGCAGCUAGUGCAGGCGGGAGUGGCUGCCGUCGUGUUCACGCUCACGGGAGAUAGCAGCAGCUCAGCGGCUUCAUACGAUAAAGAAGCAGCACAAGGAUACUUCUACUACCUGACGGUGGCACGGCAGUUCGGGGUGGCCAUGGUCGUUCUAGACGGGUGGCAAUACGCGUGGCACAGGUACAUGCACCUGAACAGGUUCCUUUACCGGCACAUCCACUCGUGGCACCACCGUCUCGUCGUGCCCUACGCGUUCGGCUCGCAGUACAACCACCCCGUGGAGGGCCUGCUGCUCGACACGCUCGGCGGGGCGCUGGCCUUCGUCGUCUCCGGCAUGUCGCCGCGCGCGUCCAUCUUCUUCUUCUCGCUCUGCACCGCCAAGGGCGUGGACGACCACUGCGGCCUCUGGCUGCCGGCCGGCAACUUGUUCCAUCUCUUCUUCUGGAACAACACGGCGUACCACGACGUGCACCACCAGCUGCGCGGCAGCAGGUUCAAUUUCUCGCAGCCGUUCUUCGUGACCUGGGACAAGCUCUUCGGCACGCAUAUGCCGUACGUGCUGGAGGAGAGGCCCGGUGGUGGGCUCCAAGCGCGCCCCUUGUGCUGAGAGCCCGCCAUGACGAGCUCCUGCUUCAUUCAUAUGUGAAGAUGAAAACAAAUACUAUCAUAAUUAUGGCUCGAAGCACUUUUAAUUGUAAUUUUCUUUUAUUGUAUCUUGUACUUUUUCUUUGUAAUAGAAUUACAAUUUCAACCA